AUGAAAUAUUAUUCAAUUACAAUGAAUAAGAGGAUAUAAGUAUCGUAAAUAAAAUAAGUGGUUUAAUAAAAUGGAAUCGCAAAUUCUGGAAGAACUCUUACAAAAGGUGAAUGAUCUUGGAAAAAACUUAACAAUAUUUCUCACAGAAGUGAGAGGAACAGUUCUAGGACCUGAUAUUUCUGCUUUAUCGAAGAGCAUAUUUACUCUUAAGAAUAAUUUAAAUAAUCUUCUUGGUCUACUGCCGAAUUCUCAAGCUAAAGAGAAUCAACUUAGAAAUGACCUUCAUAUGCUGAGAUAUAAAUAUUUAAGUCUCCAGAAGGAAUGGGACAAUCAACAGGAGCAUCUAGGCCGAAUGCAAGGAGAAGUGUUUAAAUUAAGAAAUCAACUUAGGACACAAUCUUCUUUUUGUGCCUCACUAGGUUCAACGCUUGGAAAUCUAGUAUGGAAAGCUUCCCGACUACAGCCAGUAGUUGAACUUUUUUUAACAACUAAUAAGCUCCCCGAAUUGUUUUCAAUGACUAGUGGCACUCUGAUAUCUUUUUUGGAAACAUAUUCUAAAGACUUACCAGACCUUCAUUCAGAUGAAACCCAAUUUAUACUAUCAAUGGGAGGAAUAAUAGCGAACAUAGCUGCAGUCCCUGAAGGAAGGCAUUAUCUAGUCAGUGAUUUUUCAGGAAAACAAUUGAUUGAACAAAUUCUUAAUCUUCUUCCAAAAAUCCCUAUAACUACUGGAGAUCCUUUAAAAAGGAUUCUGCUCAUGAUCCUUUAUAAUGUGAGUAUAAAUGCAGCUGGCUUAUUGUUACUACAAGAUCAGAAGCCUCUGUUGGAAACACUAACUCAAAUAAUAAUGUGUGAUCGUACUCCAGAGCUGAAACUUCUUUCUCUCAGACUUUUUGAAUCUCUCACAUAUGAGUUUGGGUCUAUUGCAGUAUACAACAUACACAGACAAAUUGUUCCAACAAAAAAACUACAGAUGAUAAUGUCAGACUCAGAUGCAGAAAUGAGACAAUACGCUCAAAGUAUCAUUAAUAACAUGAAGAAAGCUGAAGAAACAUUUGUCUUAGCUCCAAUUGAGCCUAAUAUCCCUUAUGAUCAAUGUAUCUUAUCAAAAAAGAUAUGCUCCUCAUAAAACGAAGAACUUUGACUUAAAAGUAGAAAGGAA